AGGUACAUACGAUAACGCCUCGUUAAUACAAAGUAAUUACAACGAGAUAAAUGAAAAAUUACAUUGUGCCGUGUGCGAUAUUAAUUCUGUUGUCUAACCGUACUCAUUGCUAGAUAGCAGAUAACGUUUAUUUGCUCCUAUGAUAACGAUCAUAUCACACCUUAUAUAAAACAGUAAGGUGUCUAAGAUUACCAUAUUGACGAAUUUUUUUAUAUGCACCAGUAAUCUGUCAAUAUGGAGAAAGAAGCCAGUGAACGUGAGCCGUACUCGGAGUUCGAUUCGGUGUUGUAUCGUGAAGUGGGACACUUCGGGAAGUAUCAGCUACUGACCAUAGCUCUACUGGCUUUCCCUUCACUGGUUUGUGCGUUCAUGGCGGGAGACUACAUAUUCACCGCGGGCAGCCUACCCACCCGGUGUGCGGUGCCAGAAUGUGACGACCCAAACCCAGAAUACUCACCGCAGUGGAUAUUAAAAGCGGUACCCGCAACAGAAUCCGGUUUUGAUAACUGUCGUCGUUUCGCAAACGUCAGCAGCGAUGUGAUAUCAUCGGAUGAACUUUGUCCAGUCGCCUUAUUCGACAGAGAUAUAAUCGUACCAUGUGACGCAUAUGUCUACGAGAGGACGAACACUAUCGUGUAUGAUUUCAACAUUGAAUGUCAAGAAUGGCUGCGCGCGUUGCCAGGCACACUGAACAGUGCUGGAGGAAUGGUGGCGCUGGUGCUGGCUGGCUUCAUUUCAGACCGUCUUGGACGCCGGAUGUCUAUAGUUUUCUUUUCGUUUAAUAUUGCUUUAGUGGGAGUAAUUCGCGCGUUUUCUGUGAAUUUCGCGAUGUACACAGCACUGCAAUUCAUGCAAACUGCGAUUGGUGGAGGCGCUUUCAGUGCCGCCUACAUUCUGGCUGCUGAGAUAGUGGGCCCCGGGUACCGCGUAAGAACGAGCGCUACUAUAUCUAGCAUGUUUGCCCUCGGCCAAGUUGUUUUAGGCAUAUUAGCUUUCGCUAUUCCUGCAUGGAAAACUCUCACACUGGUCUUAUAUAUCCCAGUAUUUCUCAUAAUAUCGUACUACUGGAUAUUAUCAGAAAGUUUCCGUUGGUUACUCAGCAAGAAUAAGCAAGAAGAAGGAAAGGCCACUUUAGAAUAUGCAGCUCGAUUGAAUAAAAAACAGAUUUCUGACAAGAACAUGAACUUUCUACUGACUGCUAUUCAAAACCAGAUUGAAGAAAAUAAAGAGGUCAACCAGGAGAAUCUGUUCUAUAGAGUUAUCAAGUCCCCCAUAAUACUACGGAGAUGUUGUACGACGCCCAUCAUGUGGAUGACGACGGUGUUUAUUUACUAUGGACUGUCGAUCAAUUCUGUUAAUCUAACGGGGAACAUGUAUUUAAAUUAUAUUGCGACUGCUGCGAUCGAGAUCCCCGGCUACUGGACAGCGGUCUUAGUAUUAGAUAGAGUAGGCAGAAGACCAACAUUGUUCUGUGGUUUCAUGAUCUGUGCAAUUUGCUGUUUAGCUUUUGCUUUUAUUCCUAAAAGUAUGUACACUUUGUCUUUGAUCUUAUAUUUGAUAGGAAAAUACUGUAUAGGUCUGGUUAUGACGUCUUUGUACCUUUACACAGCUGAACUAUAUCCCACAAGGUACAGACACUCGUUCUUAGGUUUUUCUUCAAUGUUGGGUCGCAUUGGAUCUAUUGUUGCACCGUUAACCCCCGCCUUAAUGAUUUAUUGGUCUGGUAUACCUUCAGUUAUGUUCGCUGGUACAGCAUUCUUAUCUGCUAUUCUAGUCCUCACGCAACCUGAAACUCGCGGUCAAAAAGUACCCGAUACUAUUGAAGACGCUGAACGCUUAGGAAAAACGAAAUAAUAAAAAAAAACUAUUUCGUACUUCUUAAAAUUAUUGAUUCAGGAUUCGCUUUAUUUAUUAAAACUUGUUCAAAUUGUUUAAUGUUACAUUAUCUAAAUGAUACAUGUAACGCCAUCUAUGUUGUACAUAUCAAACUGUUUGUGUUUUCAGUGGCACGUACUCACUUUGUUAUCGCGCAUUUUCCGCCCUCGAUUUUCACACACACUCGUUCAUCUGUUGACUUCGUGCUGUUUAAAAAAUACGCUAGAUGGCGUUAACCCGGUAUUUAGUUUAUAAUAAUUA